AUGUGUGACCUCAUAAACACAGGAGGCUCUGACAGACGAAGAGGCCGACAGACGUACACGCGGCAUCAAACCCUCGAGCUGGAGAAGGAGUUCCACUUCAACCGGUACCUAACGCGUAAACGGCGGAUAGAGGUCGCGCACGCGCUCGGCCUCACAGAGAGACAGAUCAAGAUCUGGUUCCAAAAUCGGAGGAUGAAGUGGAAAAAGGAGAACAUUGUGACGAAGAGUGGCGCCCCCACAGCAGUGAGUCGAGAAGAAGAGGAGGCGGUCGAUGAGGAGGACUGA